UUGUACAUCUAAGGUGUGUUACAUAGCAUUAAGGAGUGUCGAUGUGGAAUUAAUUGCAGCUAAGAUGUAGUAAACACAAUUCAUGUUUUUUGUUUCAUAAACUGCCAGCUUUGUUAAUUUACAUUCAUUGUGGACCGAUUUAUGCCACUUUUCCACUUUCAGAUCACGAAAGUUUUGUCAUCGUUUUCUGAGGUUAUGAUCAUGUUAGAGUUUACGUUGCGGAACUCUAAUACUUGUGUAAUUGAUGAUACAAUAUCGGUUGUUAAAGUGGUAGGCAUCAACAAGUGAUUAGAAAGUCAUGGUAUAUGAGUAAUGAGUUUUCUGUAUGAUAUAUUCAUCAUUCCUUUGCAUUAUCUAUGAAUUCAUCAAUGUCCUGGGUUCUUUGUUUUUGUGAAACACGUUUUUGUAUCAAAUGUUGGGUGUGCCGCUCAGACUCUGAUCCAAAGUGUGCAGACCCAUUUGACAACUCAACAGUCCCUAUUAGUGACUGUCGGCAGGAACCAGAAUUACCACACCUCCCUGGAGUAAGACCAGAGAUGUGCAGAAAAAUACGCCAGAAAGUAAAUGGAGAGUGGCGAUAUUUUCGAAGUUGUGCAUAUGUGGGUGAACCAGGGAUAGAAGGAGAUGAACGAUUCUGCUUAAUGCGAACUGGGACUUAUAAUAUAUUUAUGGAGUACUGCACUUGUAAAGCAAAAGAUGGCUGUAAUUCAGCUUCAGGUUGGACAGCAUCAUUGUGCCUUACCUUGUUCCUGAGUACAGUGGCAUGGCAGCUACCUAAUGUGCUCAAAGUGGUGUCAUAAGUUGGGAACCAUCCUUCCUGCAAUGGUGUAACUGGAUAAAACUUGAAUAUCAGUUCCAUUUAAUUUACGUAUAGUGGCUGAGAAAACGGUAUGAAAAUCACAUUUCUUGGUAAUAUUGAAACUCCAGUUUGUGUUGGCCCAUAUUUCUGUCUUGUUUUGUUAAGACCUUGUUUGAAACCCCACAGGACUGUUUCAUAUUUUUCUAAGUUUGCUGUUUCUAUGCUAUUCUGCUACCUCGUUUAUUUUUUUAACAUGUGAAUUGAGUCUGAACCUGGUUUCUUGUGGUUAAUAUGAUACAUUUGAUCAAUGUGCCGGUCAUUUGUCCAUUUCUUUUGUGCAGUAAUUCUGCAUGUACAGGUAUUUCCAUAGUUUAUGAUAUUUUACUUUUCUGCUUGUUGAUAGUUUGCUGAUGUCAUAUUACUAAUCUUUAUGUCACAAACUAUUCACUUGUAAUGUUAUCAGUUGAUUUAAUAGUGCUCUGGUAAGUUUCUGUUGACUGAUGUUUCUUUUAAUCCCACGUAAGUAAUAUUUAAUAACUUAAUAAUAAGUAACUGAACUUAAAGUUUGUAAGAGUACAAAUCUUUGAAAGCAAUUGGCUGAGUUAAGUCAUAAUAUAGAUCUGAUACAAAAUACUUGACCCUUUUGAGUUAUCCUGAAAAUUUUAUGAUAAAAAACAUUUCUGAAAUAAUUAAACUGAAGAAUCAUCUUACAUCAUCCUCCCUUCAGACUUCUGAAAGUAGUUGACAGUAAUCUAAGCUUGUUAUAAUUUAUAUUAUGUAAGUUCAUUUUUGGUUCAUUGAACAAUGUUUCCUGUAAUGUGUUCAGAAUUUAUUCAGUUGGAGAACAUUAAAUUGGGGUUUCAUGACACUUUUGUUCAGUAUUUUAUAAGAUGUGUAUGUUAAUAUAGAUUAUUCUGGUUAGAUGUAGAUGCAUUUAGUAUUUAUCAGUGAAAUUUGUACAGCUGUUCAUAAAUCGUUUUACAUUUUUAUAGUUGGAAUAUUUGUUUGUUGAAUGACAUAGAUUCACUAUGAAAAAUGCUUGCAUACAUAAAGGCGUGCUCUAUUCUGAGGGCAUUGCUAAUGAAAUAUUUGCACCCUAAAUAGUGAGAAAACUAUCCAGUGAAUGAUUCACUGUGAUAAAUUCACCAUUGGUGCAUUAAAGAUAUGCCCUUUGUGGGUUGCAUUAAUAUUAAACUUGCUGUGUAAAUUCGUCCAAAUGGCUUAUAAUUCAAUGUACUUGUGCAGAAAAGCCAUUAUCCACAUUCUACUAGGAUCUCAUGUUACCAGUAAAUCUCACAUUUCAUCAUAUUUUCGUAUAUUUUUAUAUACCUUUGCACUGAUAUUCAUUAUAAUUGGAUUAAGUAUCCCUUUAGGGAUAUUGUGCAUGUCUGUGAGUGUUAAGCUAUACAAAUAGGCAUGUAACUUCAGCGCUGAAAAGUGUUUGUGUUUUUUUAUGUAUAUAUAUAUAAUGCCGUGUUUUUAGUUAUAGUAUGUUUGCCCUAAAAAUGAUCUAUUUUUGUUUGAUCAUGAACAUUGCAAUUAUGUCUUUGUGCUGAUGUAAGAAGCUAUAGAUAUUUUCAUCACAUAUUCAUGCUAAUUAAUAAAUUUAGUCUAAAGACUGUACCAGGAUAUUACAUCAAAUACAUGGGCCUGAAAUUUUGUUGAGAUUCAGGAAGACUGUGAUGGCAUGUAUAGAAAUUCUGUAAUAGUCAUAGUGACUUAUUAACGGACAGUUAGGAAUGCAUAAUAAUUUGCUAUAGUGUGGUUAUGCUAAUACUAAUUUCUUCUACACUGGAAAUAAUCCAGGUGUUGCAUUACGUUAGCCUUGGAAGCAAAUUCCAUUGUGAUCAUGUUUCCCACAAUCUGUUUACAAAACUUCACAUGUGUGUGAUGUAUGUUGCAUAUAGGAUGUUUUAUAUGAAUAUUUUCUGAACUCAUUUUAUAUUAUUUUUUUCAGUAUUGUAAACAGUAUGUACUCACUUUGUUUUUGAUUCUACUAUAAUAUUUUGAUUUUCAGUUUGUAUUUAGAUAAAAAUGUAUUUCAACUUCAAUGUUUAUACUUGAGAAGAUAUGUAUUCUGUUGAAUCUGGUAUUUAUUAAGGAAAUUGCUAUAGUUCAUGUAGUUUUAUGAAUAGGGAGCAUAUAACUUUGUGAGGUUCACAAAGCACAUUUUUGAGAAAUGGACAGUCCAGUUCACAUAAUGACCCAGGACUGUAGCAGCUAUCACCAGAAUAUAUGCUUCAAAGCUACAGAAAAAUCAUACAGCAUUACAACAUGAACAGCAGAGCCCAGGCAAAUGAAGACAUCUCAGAAUGUGCAGCAUAGCAAAGUUAGGAAUGCUGUACUGGCGGCUUAAAGCCGUGUGGUGGAGGGUGUAAAAAUCGUUUGGUGGCAGGUACAAAAGGUGCAGCAGAACAUGAAUACAUGUAUAUCUACAGUCAUGCAUCUAUGCAUCUUCUUCACUUACAUAUUAAAGUGGUGAUAUUCUGUUUGUGAGACAACAAUAAGAUACUGAUGUCUACUACUGCAUUUUAUUACUUAUACUUGGUUGUUUAUGUUGUUUGUGCAUUUUGUCAGCAGUUGCUAUAUUUCAGUAAUUCUACUAUAGAAAAUAAGAGGGAGAUCUGAAAUGUACAAAUGCAGUAAAUAAACAGAACACGUAUACAAAAUA